AUGGGGAGAAUCACAUGGAGCUGCGGUGCCGUGAUCCUCCUGGCCAUCAUUAGCUCAUGUCGUGCCAUCACUCUGGAGUCCAUCCACUGGAGCAGCUCCAACACAAAGUUUAGUCCAGGUAAGGGUCUCGUCCUGUAUCCUCAGAUUGGGGACAAGAUGGACAUUGUGUGUCCCCGAGCUGCUGCCUCCCCAGGGGUGAAGGAGGAGGUCUAUCGGGUGUACCUGGUCUCCCGCAGUCAGAUGGAGAGCUGCACCAUCCACAAGACCGACACACCUCUGCUGAACUGUGACAAACCCAACCAGGAUGUAAAGUUCACCUUCAAGUUCCAGGAGUUCAGCCCUAACCUGUGGGGUCUGGAGUUCCUCAAGGGGAGGGACUAUUACAUCACCUCCACCUCUUCAGGCUCCCUGCAAGGUCUGGACAACACUAACGGAGGGGUGUGUAAAACCAAAUCCAUGAAGCUGGUGCUGAGAGUUGGCCAAAGCUCUUCAGAUCCACCUACAACGCUCCAGGAGUCCCCCACCAGAUUCCCACCAACAAAGCCCAAGUCCAAGGCCAAAGAUCCCUCCGUGAAAGAAGAGGAUACAAAAAGCACAACUGAAAAAGGACAGACAACCCCACAUGGCGUCCCUUUCUUUGAGCCAGGACUGUUCAUGUGGAUUGUGUGUGGCGGUGUGAUCCUCCUGGUGGUUAUCAUAAUUGUGGUGGUGGUUCUGUGGCGGUACCGUCGCCAUCAGGGCGUCCCAGUCAGCCAGCAGUCCGAUGCAGUGUCCCUCAACACUCUGGCCGUGCCGAAGCGGGACAGCAUCAGCAGCGACAACAAUGGCUCGGACCGCAGCGAUGUUGUUUUUCCUCUCCGGGCUUCCGACAGUAUGAUCUGUCGUCAUUACGAACGUGUAAGCUCUGACUACGGGCCUCCUGUGUACAUAGUUCAGGAGAUAACGCCGCAGACUCCCACCAACAUCUACUACAAAGUCUAAUGGCUGCUGCUCUGGAGCCAAACUUCUGCUGAGAAACUAUCAACAACACACUGAAGCUGCUGUCAGUGACACAGAGUUGUUAUGGAAGGCAUGAAGAAAAAGACAGAAUGAAUCUAAUCUUUGUGUGACGCUGUCCCAUGAGGACGUACACAUUUUGUUUUGCUAACAUAUUGAAAAGACAAUCAGACAGGAAGUUAACGUCUUAACGCCUCCUUGUGUUCACGAGAAACUUUUUCUUUUUCAUGUUCUACACUUGACUACAGUUUAGAGCUAUCUGUACAUUAUUUAAGCAAUUUCAUACAUGACACUUUUUACUUUGCAUCAUUCAUCAUUACAAGUGACUUUACAGAGUAGAAGGACUGUUUCAGAGCGCAGAACUCUGAGAAGGCCCGCCGUCCUGUCCUCUAUGAAAAUCUGCAACUACUUCUUAUGUUUGGAACUAUCAAGCAAAUGCAACAAGUAUUUAAAAACAUUAUUGUGCUCAUCUGCAGCAUCUUCAUCUUACUAUUGCAUUUUUAAUUUAAUACGACAGUGGAAAAAGUGUUGUAAUAAAUAAUACCGUUUAACAAAACAAAACAGAAAACAACACCAACCAUUAUCACAAACAAAAACGGUAUGCCAACAGUAAAGAAAUACGUAGGUACGAUCCUGCUCUGGUCCAGGAUUCAAUAGGUGUUCCUUUAGCGCAUGCUUAAUACGUUUCAUUCAAAUGAAUGGGCAGUCAGUGUUUCCGUAAUCCUGCUGACACACAGGCAACAAGAAAGUAAUGCAAACACAACCUCCUUGAUGGAAGUAGUUUAGAUUUGACCAACUUUAAAUAUCAAACUAAAAUACUCUUUGAUUUAUUUAAUUACAAUUGUUGCCUAGUAGUAAAAAAAAAACGACAUUUGAGUUAUAUGUCACUUAUAGCUCCGGGUAAUUUCAAUGCAUCCCCUGAGGUUUUCUAUCAAACAAAGACAACAAUAAAUGGCUCGAAGUUGACAUUAAACUAGCCGAUUAAUCCAUAAUAAAAACACUCAUGUUCACUCUUGUCCCGCUCAACUUUGAGCUCCUUCAAUGAUUUAUUUUCAUACUUUAUAUGCUUACAUACUAUCACUCAAAACAUUGUGAAAGCAGGACUUUGUUGUAAUGAAGAACUUUUGCAAGACUUUAACUGAAGGAAACAAUCAAAUCAAAUGCUUAUUUGUUCAUGUUGUUGUUUUCCAGAAAAACUACAUUUAUCACUGCAGCUUUAUUUAUUAUUGAAGUACUUGUGUAUUUAAUUUAUUGAUAAAUCUCCAAACAUUGACUGUGUACUUCUACAUAUUACAU